UUCCUUACCCAAAAAAGAAAGAAAAAGGAAAAAGAAACGAACUCUCACCACCGCGCAUAAAACAGAGUAGCAGAGCGGGUAGCAAAGCAUAUAGCCGUUGUACGAAGUUCCAAGCCCAAGGCGUAGCUCAAAAGCGCGCUCAUGGAGAAGCUGAAAUCUCUGGUUCCAGAAACCCUAAAGCGAAUGAUCGGAGAGAGCUCUGCUGACGAUCUUCCUCGCACAUGUUCUUCUCUCGGCGAUUUUCUUCUUCAUUUCGAGCCCUUUCACCAAAUGGUGAGGGACUUGGCGGACCCUGAAGUGGCUCUGUGUGGGAAGAACAAAGAAGCUGCUUUGGAGUCGAAGCAAAAGGGGAAUAAGUGCUUCUUGAGUGGUGAUUAUGCUAAUGCUUUGGAUUUCUAUACUCAGGCAUUGAUAGUUGCUCCCAUGGAUGCACAUGAAGACAGAAACUUGGUUGCUACUUUGUAUGUGAAUCGGGCUUCUGUAUUGCAUAAAAUGGGUCUUCUAAGGGAGUGUUUACGAGACUGCAAUCGGGCACUUCAGAUUUCUUCAAACUAUGCGAAGGCAUGGUACAGAAGAGGUAAGGCAAAUGCUUCUAUGGGAAAUUAUAAGGAUACUAUCCGUGACUUGGAUGUUGCUAAGACUCUGGAGUUGACAAUGGGUGGAAAGAGACAGAUAGAAAGUGAGAUGAAGAUAAUUUUGGAUCAACAGAAGAGUACAUCAAAUCCAUCAAUACAACAGUAUGAGAAUACCUCAGAUAUUUUGGAUGAACCGCACCCAACGGGAUUACGAUGUGUCGCCACACCAGAGAAAGGAAAGGGUAUGGCCUCAACAGGUGACCUUCCUCAAGCGUCCUUGGUACAUACCGAAGACCCAUUUUCGAUGAUAAUAUUAAAGCCUUGUCGGGAAACUCAUUGCCACUACUGCUUAAAUGAGCUACCAGCAGAUAAAGUCCCAUGUACAUCAUGUUCAAUACCAUUGUAUUGCUCCGAGAAAUGCUGUAUACGAGCAGGAGGAAAAAUGUCCUGGGAUUACCCAAACAAUCAAAGGAUUCAUGAAAAUUUAUCAGCUGAUCUUGAAAAGUACAUUGCAGAGACCACUUUAAAUGUUGAUUCUGAAACAGAUACUGAGCACAUUCCUGAACAUAAACAUGAAUGUAAAGGUGUACACUGGCCAGCAGUAUUGCCUUCUGAGAUAGUUUUGGCUGGUCGUGUGCUAGUAAAGUCUAUAAUCAAAAGAAGAGGUUCCACAGAUAUUUUUAAUCUCAGAGAAAUUUUGGAUCUUUCUCACCAUUACUCAAAAACGCCUCCGGAAAGAAAAUUGGAAUUACAUAUAUAUUCGGCUGUAUUAUCAUAUUGUCUUCAACAUUCCGAUGAUUUUGAAUUACCAAUAAAUGGGUUCUCUAUUUCACAGGUUCUCUCUCUCUCUCUCUCUCUCUCCUGCAUGCACACAUGCAGAGUCAGGGCUACACCUUUAGUGAAUUAUAUAUCUAAGAAACAAGAGGGUUAAGCAAUGAUGAAUUGACUUCCUGGAUCUACCCCUUGCAGGGUGGUUACUACCACGCCCAUAUGUGCAAAUCCAUAGAUUAUCAUUUUUGUAGGACAAUGCUAUAUAUUGACAUAUAAAAAUCAUGUUUUUCAAC